AUGCAUCUAUCUCUCUAUCUCAACCUUUUCAUAUCUAUGUCAGUCUUGUUUCUCUCUUUCUCAUUCUAUUCAUAUCUAUCUAUGUAUUUAUUUAUCUAUCUGUCUAUAUCACAGCCUUUUUCUAUCUAUUUCAGUCUCUAUCUAUCUAUCUAUCUCAGCCUUUCCCUAUCUAUCUCAAUCUAUCUAUCUAUCUAUCUAUCUAUCUAUCUAUCUAUCUACUUCCAUUUUAAUCUCCAAGACAAACCUAAAAACCUUAAUGUUGAUCUUUUCUCUUUCCUUGGAUUAAUGUCAGCCUCUUUCUUUCAGAACUACUCUUUUUUUGAUUUUUUAAUCAUUCUGUCUUUCUUUUUAUUUUUCCUUUCCAAUAAGAUUCUUUUUUUGAGUUUUCUAACAAUUCCUUUGCUUUCUCUUCUUUUUUAUUGUGAAUCGACUUGUCUUCAUUCUUUCAUUCUUUCUUUCUUUCUUUCUUUCUUUCUUUUUCUUUCAUUCCUUCCUCCAUUCUUUUCUUUUUAUCUCUUUUUUCUGUUUUUCUUUCUUUCUUUCCUUCCUUCCAUUUUCUUUCUUUCUUUCUUUCCUUAUUCUUUCCUACUUUCCUUCUUUUCUUUUCUUUUCUUUCUUUUUUCUUUCUUUCUUUUCUCCUUUCCUUCCUUUUUUCUUUCCUUCCUCCCAUCCUUUUUCUUUCUUUCCUUCUAUGCUUCCUUUUUCUUUCUUUCUUUCUUUCUUUCUUUCUUUCUUUCUUUCUUUCUUUCUUUCUUUCUUCUCUUUUUCUAUUUCUUUCUGUUGUUUUUCUCAUAUUUUCUUUUCUUUUUUUCUUUCAUUCUAUUUUUCUUUCUUUUUUUUCUUUCCUUCUUUUGUACUUUUCUUAUUUUUUUUUGUUCUUGCCUUUUUCUUAUCUUUCCUUUCUUUUUUUUAAUCCAUUUUCUUUCGUACCAUUUUAUUUUACUUUCUCUCUCACUUUCUUUCUUUCCUUCUUUCUUUCUUUCUUUAUUCUUUUUUUCUUUCUUCUUUCUUUUGUUGUUUUCUUACUUUUUCUUUCUUUCUUUCUUUCUUUCUUUCUUUCUUUCUUCUCUUUUUCUAUUUCUUUCUGUUGUUUUUCUCAUAUUUUCUUUCUUUUUUCUUUCAUUCUAUUUACUUUCUUUCUUUUUUCUUUCCUUCUUUUGUACUUUUCUUAUUUUUUUUGUUCUUGCCUUUUUUCUUAUCUUUCCUUUCUUUUUUUUAAUCCAUUUUCUUUCGUACCAUUUUAUUUUACUUUCUCUCUCACUUUCUUUCUUUCCUUCUUUCUUUCUUUCUUUAUUCUUUUUUUCUUUCUUCUUUCUUUUGUUGUUUUCUUACUUUUUCUUUCUUUCUUUCUUUCUUUCUUUCUUUCUUUCUUUCUUUCAGGUCACACUAUUUGUUUGA